AUGCAGAGAGAGCGUGAGGAGGACUUAUCAGUUCCCCUACCUCCGGCAGACAUCGCUGCCAGGGUCUCGGAGCUCGGGCCGCCGCAGGGCAUGGACUCCCCGCUCAAGGAGGGACCUAGGACAGGGGCUGACGUCUGGGACAAUCAGGGACCCCUCCUCUUCAGCACAUUUAAACCCAACGGUCUCAGCAAAGACGACAACGCGGACGAGCUGCCCCAGCUGGACGGCGCCAGUGCUGGGCUCAGCAGGGCGCCAGCCGGGGCCCAGAAGGAGAAGCAGCCUCCUGGCUCUCAGAGGGAGCAAGGCACCUAUACCACGGCCCCUCUCAGCUCAUGGCCGGCGGCCAGCGCCAAGCUGAGCUGGUCUCUGCUCGGGGACCCCGCGCAGGGAGUGGAGACGCGGGCGAGGCUGGGGCCCGGCCUGGACCCUCCCGAGGCCCCGUCAGCGCUGCAGGCCCGAACCCGGGCGUGGUUCGAGCGAACGCAGGCGAGCCGGAUCCGCCAGCAGGGGAAGCUGCCGCCCUGGUUUCACGGCUUCAUCAGCAGGAGGGACACGGAGCAGCUGCUGCAGGAGAAGCCGCUGGGCUCUUUUCUGAUUCGCUUCAGUGAAAGCACGGUGGGAUUUGUCUUGUCGUACAGGGGCAGAGAUCGCUGCCGGCACUUCAUCCUCGACCAGCUGGAAGACGAGUGCUACGUGAUCCUAGGAGAGGACAGCGCCCACGCCGAGCUCCAGGGCCUGCUUCAGCACUACACCACCGCCCCCGUCACCCCCUACUACGAGUUCCUGACAGCACCGUGCCCCAGGAGCGACAAGAGCCGAGAGAGUGGUGGGAUCCCGGCUGGAGCCGAAGCAGGGUCCGGCGCCCCACCCGAGCCAGCAAAUGUCCCCCCAGCAGCAGGCGGCCAAGCAUACAGCCUGGUUCUCAGACAGCCCCAGGCGCCCAGCCAACAGACCCACCCCUGCCCGCUGGCUGCAGAGCAAAGGAACGAGGGAUGCCCUUCCAAGGAGGCUCCCUGUUCUGUUCCCCCGCUCCCCGCCAAAGCUGGCCCCGCUCAGAGGCCGAGUAGCCCCAUGCAAGAGGCAGGGGCCUCUGCAGAUCCCUACGCCCACGUCAGCAAAGUGUCCGUCCCCGCUGAGCAGCCCACGCCGGCCCAGCCCACAGAGGCCAAGUACCAGCAGCUGAUGCGCUUCCACACCUACGCCGAGCCCCGCGAGGGCUUCCCGUCCCCCGAACGCCGCAUCUACUACGAACCCGACGAGCCCAUCCCCUUCUAUGCCAUGGGGCGGGGCUCGCUGCCCAGCCCCGACCCCGAGAACGUCUACGCGGAGGUGGAGCUGGCGGGCCGGCCCCGGCCUCUACCCAGAGUCCUGCAGGACACGGCCUCCACCCUGCCUCGGGGCUCAUCCAGACCUCCCGUCGAGCCAUCCCCAGGACACCGCAGGCUUCUCCGGAGCAUGUCGGGGCAGGGGUCCCGGAGGAGGCGGCUGCCUGCAGCUCUCACCGCCGAGGGGGACCGGGGGAGGCCUUCUGGGCCAUCUUCGGAGACCCCGCUGGAGUUUGAUGACCUGGUUUACAGCAGGAAGCCAGCCAGCCUGACCAGACCAGCAGCCACCAGGGGAAAGGAAGGUCGAGAAAACAUUUACGAGCUGAUUUCUGGAGACCAUCCGAGCCUGCACGCCUCGGGGAGCAGUAACUCCUAGAGCCCUCCCACAUUCAAGGCAAGCCGGCAGGACACCCCCUGCCAAGGGUUCCAGGGCUUGAGAGCCUCCGGAGAAGACUUCUUCCCCAUCAGCUGCUCUCUAGGACACAGAGUUGCUGCAGACAUACGCCCUCAAGACACCGCUGCUCCGACCGCCUCUCUCACGUUUGUGCUGAGAGCAGCCUGCACCGUGAAUUCAAGGACCACACACACUCGCACUCUGCCCCACUUCCAAGGGUGGGAGAUUCAGGAAGCAGGGAAGAUCUUUCCAUGGAAAGGCCAAUGAGAUCCAACGCCAAUAAAAAAUCCAACGAGGUCCUCGGCUCACAGUCUCUUCCUCACAGCUACGACACCAGCUUUAUCGGUUUUCCCAUCCCUCCUGCUCUCAGUCAGAGGUUGCUUGGUACUCAAGACUUGUGUCUUUUUUGGACCCAUGAUGUCAUCUCCUUCCCUCCUCCCCUUGGAGCAGGGU